AUUUCCAUGUUCAGCCCUAUCUAAGCUCAAGGAGAAUAAUCUUUGGAACCCUAAGUCAUGGGUUCACAGUUUACAGCCUUGAUUUUCAUCUUCCUGAUUUUCAUGUUAAUAUCAUUGCCACCAAUUUAUGCUUGUGUUCCUUGUACACAGCCACACCCACCGCCAUACCACAGCCCAACCCGCCCAACUCACCCUAAAGUUCCCCGCCCGAUUCCGCCAAGCACCAAGCAUCCUCCCCACCGUGGAGGCUCCCCAAAAGUAGAGCCACCAUCCAAAAAGCCGCCAAUGCCACCAGUUAUUGUACCACCAAUUAUCAUUACCCCACCAAUAACGAACCCUCCCGUGAUAUCACCUCCCAUUACCAACCCUCCAGUUACAAUCCCACCACCGUCUUCUCCUUACCCACCUUACAGUGGAGGCCCACCUUCUGGAGGCGGUGGUGGAGGCGGUGGAGGUGGAGGUGGAGGCGGUGGUGGAGGUGGAGGUGGGGGUAGCUCUCCUGCUCCACCAACUACUCAACCAACUUGCCCAGUUAAUGCACUUAAGCUAGGGCUCUGCGUGGAUGUGCUUGGAGGAUUGGUGCAUAUUGGGUUAGGAAACCCUGUUGAGAAUGCUUGCUGCCCAGUGCUAGGAGGUCUACUGGAGCUUGAAGCAGCAGUUUGCCUUUGCACUGCUAUAAGACUUAAGCUUCUAAACCUUACUAUAUUCAUUCCCCUUGCUCUUCAAGCUCUAAUAACUUGUGGAAAAAACCCUCCUCCUGGCUUUGUUUGUCCUCCUCUUUAAGUGUACUUUCAUUAAUAACAAGGCGACCGCAUUUCCUAUAUAUGGACGUACAAGAUAGAGCUCAGCCUAUAGGCAGGGUUGCCACCUCGGUCUCCCAUGUUAACUGCUGCUUAACUACCUCCCAAAAAAAUAUAAAAACUGAUCCCAAUAAGUGUACUUUCCAUUUUUAGGUUUCAAGAACUUUGUUUUCUGCUAGGGUUUGACUAUUGUUGUAUUUUGCAUUGAUUGGAGACUGUUUUUCUUUCUUUCUUUCGGGUUAGAACUUCCAGUGGAUAACGGAAUUGUAUUUCAAGUGUCACUUAGUCUUUCAUUAUUGACUGUUAGUGCUUGCUUGAAUUUUAAUCUUU